AACGAGAUUCUGCUUUUUAUGUUUGCGAUACCUUCAUAAGGCGACGAAUAAAUCUAAGAUUGACAUUUCAAGUUGAAAACAUUUACGUCAACAAUGGAUCUGAUCAUUUUUCUAGUUGUUCUUAUUAUUUCCCAGUGUGUAGCUUAUCGUGGAGGUUGUGAUUCUGAUGAUUAUUAUCAAGACCGUCAUCGAGGGAUAAGACGGCAUUACCAACAAUCUGAACUAUCUCCUGAAGAACUGCUUCUUCAUUCUGCUUCUCUGGGGUCAGAAGAUGCCCUUGAUGCUGAAGAUAGUUCAGUUAUUCAGGAAUCAAGUGAGUCCAAUGAAGCACCUCUGGUAGUACUACCAACAAAAACUCCUCGAUUAAGUAAAACAAGGUACUCGAAAUGGAUGUCCCACUACUUACCGAAGAAUCUGCAAAACCUAGGCUACAAGGUAAUAGGUAAAAAAGCUGGCAGGUAUGGAAAAUUAAUUCUUUUAGCUCCAAAAGCAAGCAAUCAUUUUGUGAAUAAAGACGAUUCAGUAAUUACUGUUAAUGGUAAUGAAAUAGGCUAUCCUGAAUUAUUGUCAGAAACAGAUGAUUAUAACUCAUUAGAUUUAGGAGGGUCUAAUGGUGUUAAAGAGUUGAGUUUGAAUAGGAGAGGGUUUAUAAUUGCAAAUAAUCCUAGUGAAUAUCAUACUGCACGAUCAAUUCACCACAGAAGGAAUUUAUAUGGUGGUCAUUCUCUUGAUUCAGUAUUUAAAGCAAGAAGAACUCUGUCAAGAUCUAGAAGUCAUGUUAAUGAAGAUCUCCUUGAGUCUGAUCAUUUAAGCUCUGGUCCUACAGUAAUAGUGAGUGCUAGAUCUGACACUGAUGAUGAAUCAGAUAAUGAAAAUCAGAAUACCAAUGUAAACACAAAUGCAAAUAUCAACGAAUUACCUAGUGACUUUAUUCUCCCGGCAAGAAGAAAUGCAUUAAAUGCUGAAGCAGAAGAUGAAGAAGUUAGUGACAUUGUGUCUAAUGAUAAUGACUUGAGUCAAACAAAGAGAACUGGUCCAACAAUAAUUGUCGCAGCUCGUCGAAAAUUAGAAGAAGCUAAAAAUCAAAAUGUAAAUGUCAACACUAAUGUGAAUGCUGAAAAUGCUAGUCCUACUGUAAUAGUAGGUGCUAGACGAAAUAUACAAGAUGUUGAAGGACAAAUGACGACCAAUGAUAUCGACGAUAUUGCUGAAGAUGAAGCAACUUCAACAAUUGGGAAAUUAUUUAAUAGCCAACCAGAUGAAAAUUUAAACAAAAAUGUCAAUGUAAAUACCAAUGUUAAUGCUAAUGGCGAAGGUAGUCCAAAUGUAAUCAUUAGCGCAAGAAGGAGUGCACAUAAAACUGAAGCAAGAUAUGGUUCAAGAAGAACUGGUGAUGAUAAUGAAGUAAUUGGUGCAAAACAAAAUAAUAACAACAAUAUAAAUGUAAAUACGAAUGUAAAUUCUGAGAAUGGAGAAGGUGGCCCAGAAAUACUAAUUGCUGGAAGAAGGAACGCAUUUAAAGCUGAUGCAAGAUAUGGAGCUAGAAGCAAUGUUGGCCGCAGUCAUGAAUUAAACGCUGCACGGAGAAAUAAUAAUAAGAAUGUCAAUGUUAAUACCAACGUGAAUACAGAUGGUGAAGGUAAUCCAGAAGUGAUAGUUGCUGCUAGAAAACGUAACCUUAAAGGUGAAGCAGGAUAUGGUGCUAGAAGCCAAGGUGGAAGAAGUAGUAGUGCUAGUAAUAAUGGUAUCUUCAGUCUGAGAGGAGAUCUUAACGCUCCUGAUAUUUUUGGUAGAAGAAAUAAUAAUGGAAAUACAAACACAAAUUCAAAUGUUAAUGUUAAUGUGAAUGCUGAAGAUGUUGGAGGUCCUUCAUCUCUAUUAGGUGCUGCCAGAAGACGACUAUCAGCUCUAAGUGAAGAAAAUAAUUUACAAAGAAUCUUAGGAUUCCCACGACCAGGUCGUCGUUCUCAACAUCGUGCUCCUAAAAAUGAAAAUCGUAAUGUUAAUAUAAAUGUGAAUCGACUUGAAAGUGAUGAAGCUUAAAAAGAUAAUUGAAUAUUGAAAAUGUAUUAAUGUCAUAUAUUUUUUAUCACGUUAAAUGUCUACUAUUAAAUAUAAUAAAAAUAAUAAAUACUGA